AUGCACCCCGAAGAUGGCUCGGGCACAUCGGGUGCUGCUCCUAUCUCCGCGUCGGAGGCACUGCGUAGCUUUGGUGGGUGCCUCACAGCGUACGAAAGGAAGGAGAUAGUGCAGUACGAGACCAUUCACUACGUCGGCCAAAGAUGCGUCGACAAGAGGAGGUCGCCGACCAACGGUCGCAAUGAUGGGUAUGACACCGAGGAAGGUGAAUACAUCUUUCGCGUCAAGGACCACAUCGCUUACCGCUACGAGGUCCUCAAGGAGUUGGGAAGCGGUGCGUUUGGCCAAGUCUUCAAGGCAAUCGACCAUUUGGAUAGUUCAAUUGUAGCGGUGAAGAUGAUUCGAAACCAGCGCAAGGUACUGCAACAGGCCGAGCAGGAGAUUCGCAUGCUACGGCAUGUGAACGACCGCGAUCCAAAAGGACUCUACGGCAUCGUGCGCAUGACAGACAACUUCAAGUUUCGCGGACAUACAUGCAUCACCUACGAGCUCCUAGGCGCCAACCUAUAUGACUAUCUUAAAGCGAGCAACUUUUUCCCGAUGACACUGUCGUUGAUCCGCAGCAUUGCUGCGCGCAUGCUGGUGGCGCUGACGUUUCUAGCGCGCGAGAGUAUAAUUCACUGCGACCUGAAGCCCGAGAACAUUCUGCUGCGCGACAGCGACCCGUCUGUCGUGAAAGUGGUCGAUCUAGGGUCUGCGAGCUUCGACGUGAAAAACAUGUGCACGUACAUCCAGUCGCGCUUCUAUCGCGCGCCGGAGGUAAUUAUGGAGCAGAAGUACGACAAGGCAAUCGACUGGUGGAGCUUCGGGUGCAUACUGUGCGAGCUGGCCAACGGUAACCCCAUCUUUCCCGGCGAGGAUGAGAAAGAUCAGCUAGGGUGCAUCAUGGAAUACCUAGGGCCACCGCCACAGAGCUUUGUAGAGGCCUCCUCUGCCAGGCGGAGGCGCGAGUUCUUCGACGAGCGUUACAAGCCACGACCCCGCACGACGUGCACGGGUAAACAACGUGAGCUAGGGUCUCGAUCGCUAGCGAAGUUCGUGGCGGUCUCAGAGGACGACGACUUUCUGAGUUUUGUGCGCCUCUUUCUGCAGUGGGAACCAUCGAAGCGGGUCCCACCGCGCGAAGCGAUGAAGCACCACUGGAUCUGCGGCGAGUUUGUCUUUCCCACCCAGUCGGAGGAGAAGCCGACGUUGUCGUCGCUGACAAAGGAGAGCAACGACUCUGCCACCGGGCCGCUCAAGGCGUGUAUGUCUCAGGAGCCUGCCGCAUCACUAAAAACGGAGGCAUCCACGCCCAUCACCUUGGGGCAACCUUUCACGGCUCGCGGGGCGCCGGCGGAUUUUCUAUCGCCGAGUGCUCCGCAUCAAAGGGUCCAAAGAUCGGCGCUGUUGCCGCAGCCGCCCACUGCCUGCACAGAUAGAGAGAACUGCGAUGCCCUCUCAGGUGACGGUGCCAUUCCCGUGGGCACAGUGCCGUGUUCUCGCGACGCGUCCGCCAGCACUGCGACGCACGGCGCGGCUCGAUUGACAGGCGCGCAGGUGCAGCGGCCGCCAGCACAGCGACGGCAGAGCGGACGCCUGCAUCGCGGCAGGCAGCGACGUUCCACAGACAUGGCAGACGUUGAAAUGCCGGGAGAGGCCAUUACUUCACCGAAUCACUCGACAUCUCUUCACGCAGCAUUGGAUGUUGAAGUGUCCGCUACAGAGAAGCGCACGCGUGAGUUCAUAAUCGCUGCGAAUGGCGCAUCUUCUCCCUCCUCCUGCGCAUGCGGAACCGCCACGAGAGCGACCAACGCAAGGUCUCACGAAGUGCGCCUCACCAACAGAGUGCUCUCGUCAGAGGUGCUGUCGCCUGCCAUCUUGCGCUCUAGCGCCAACCCCAUCAUCGUCACUUCCCGCGGCAGGAAUGCCCACUCACCUGAGAACAAAGCAUCACUAAAUGCAUCUCACAGCAAGAUCAACAACGGUGGUGCCGUCGGCAACGCGCGCGGCGGCAACAGUGCAGGAGACGUGCCCACGAGGGUGUUUGAGUUGCGCCAGAAGUACGGGGAUUCCAAGACGAAGGCAGGAACUGUCGAUCCAUCUGACAGGGGUGGCAGGACCAUUGCCUUUAAUAGCCUUUCACGAUGGUCCAACACGGCGGGGAAGACGCAAUUAGGUGGGCAUCGGCAAGGGAAUGCGAGUGCAUCAGACACGCUGGAUAGCCGCGGCCGCGCAUCGCCUGGAGUGUCGACUGACUCUCCGAGAGGGCAGUCGAGAGGGGAACGCAGAGAGUAUUCGAUCAACCUCGACGCAGCGACUUUGCCACCCACCGAGGUGUACCAGCCCGCUGCAGUGAAAGGCAGUCUGCACGUGGGAGAGUACAUGCUACCGUCAGAGCUGCCACUGUUUAGCGAAGGCGCUAGUUCUGGCCCCCACGAUGUUGAGGUAGCGCCGAACUGCAGUCUGCUGGGAGCAAUGGUGUCGGAACCGUGCGGCAAGAGUGAGAAGAGCCAGGUCUCGCUGCAGCCACGGGGAAGCUCUCCUCCCUCUUCGUCUGGCCCAUCCGCUGUUGCCACACCUUCGCUAAGGCCGCAGUAUACGCUUCGGCACCGCGGCACUCAACGCAGCAUGCUCGCCAUGCGCGACGGCGGGGCGGCGCAUGCCGCCGCAAGAAGUCAGCGUGCGGUGGCAGGUGCCGCAGCGCCGGUGUCAUGGGAAAGGCCACCUGUUCAACCCAGCGACAUGCCCCUGGUACCGCCUCGGCAAACGUUGGCCCAGCGAUCUCUACUGCUGCAGCGGAACGGUGCUGGAACCCGGGGCGGGGAUGUGGUGAAGCCUUCCACCACCCCUGCGACGCAGCUACCAUCGCUCAAGAGAUACUCGGCUCACUGA